GUCAACCCCGCCUUUCUUCUAAAAAAGUGCUUCCGAGGGCACAGCUGCCGAGUCGGCUGCCGGAAGGAACGUUUGUCGCCUGUCCCCGGACAGCAGGUUAAUUCUUGGUCAUCUCUGUUAAACUUGAAGAUUUCAAACUUGGGAUUUGGGAUGCAUCUUUUCCCCAGGAAAUUGAUCAUGUCAAGGAAUAGAUGACAUCCUCUGAUGACAAUACAUAUGCUCCAAUUUCUUAUUCAACUUUUUGAUUAAGGCUCCAUAUUCAAUGAAAAGCAAAAGUUCUUUCUAAUUUCUCAUGAAGCCAUACUAUUGUUUGUUCAUUUUGCUGGUGAAUGCCAUCAUCCCUACUGCACUUUUCCUGGAUGAUGUAGAAUUCAAUGAAACAAUAGCAGUAGAAACAAAUCAUACUACUUACAAUGUCUCCUUUCACCCAACCUUUGAAAUCUCUUCUAAUUCCCACACAAAUGGUGAUUUCAUCAUAGCCAAAGAGGGAUCCAGUAUUUUGAUUGAAUGUCUUCUCACCACCAGCCAUUAUGAAGACAUUCUUUGGUAUAAUUCCAAAGGGCUGUUGCUUGAUCAAGAAGGAGGAGGUGGAAAAUGGUUGAUCUUCAAAAACUACCUGAAUAUCACCAGUGUAACCUUUGCUGAUCGUGGGCUUUAUACUUGUCUAGUCGCCUCUCCAGUCCAUGCCUCUUACUCUGUCACCCUAAGAGUUAUCUUUACUUCGGGAGACAUGAGCAUCUACUACAUGAUUGUUUGCCUGAUUGCCUUCACAAUAACUCUUAUCCUGAAUAUUACACGUCUGUGUAUGAUGAGUAGCCAUCUUCGAAAGACUGAGAAAGCCAUCAAUGAAUUUUUUAGGACAGAAGGUGCAGAAAAACUUCAGAAGGCCUUUGAAAUUGCUAAACGCAUUCCCAUCAUAACUUCAGCCAAGACCCUAGAACUGGCCAAAGUUACACAGUUUAAGACCAUGGAAUUUGCCCGCUAUAUUGAGGAACUGGCGAGAAGUGUUCCUCUCCCACCUCUCAUUCUUAACUGUAGGGCAUUUGUUGAAGAAAUGUUUGAGGCAGUGCGAGUGGAUGAUCCUGAUGACAUGGGAGAAAGAAUCAAAGACAGACCAGCACUCAGCGCCCAAGAUGGUAUCUAUGUCAUCACUUCAGAUAUUGGGCGUAGUAAUUCACCAGAAGGAGAUUCAGAGGAUGGUUCCCUGAAUGAGCAGGGCCAGGAGAUAGCAGUUCAGGUUUCUGUUCAUCUUCAGUCAGAAACUCAAAGCAUAGGAACAGAUUCUCAUAACAGCUGUCAUUCUAAUCCUUCUGAAGAGGUAGGAUCUCCUGAACUCAACCCUAACUGCAAAAAUGGGGCAUCUGAAAGUUAACCUUUGAUCUUUCACAGAACUUAGGGAAAGGUAUCUAGGAGAACACCUGUUUCUGUCAGCAAUGGCAGACAGAAAUUACUGGGCUUUUUUGCAGAAUGAAAAUUGCCAAAUUUAAUGGGGGGGAAAUGCAGAUUUUUUUUCUUCUUUGGUAUUUCUCAUCUUUGGUUGAUAACUCCCCAAAUUUCAUUCAGACCUAGACUCCUAGAAUUUUAGAGCUGGAAAAGAUCUUACAAACCAGUGUGGCAUAGUGAAAAAGAGACUAGAAGUGAGAAGACUAAAGUUAUAGUCAUUGCUUUUCAAUUGAUUUAGUUCUGUAAUAAUGAACAAUUACAUUACCUCUCUGGGCCACAGUAAAAUAAGGGAAUCAAAAUAGUCUCCAAUCCACUUUCAGGUUCUAAAAUUCCUUUAGCCAUCAUCUUAAGACGAGCAAAAUCUUUAACGUGUCCCAAUAAAACAUUGUUCCCUAACUCUUUCACUAUCAGUUUAGGGAAGGAAAUAGGUUUUGCCUUUGUUCCUUUGUUUUAGUAUCUGCCCUACUGCCUCAUCAAGAAAUAAGAUUUAAGCAGGGAGAGGGCUUCCCAGAUUAUUUCAUCACAUGAAUAGCGAAAUUGCAUGUCCUAUAUGAAGAACCAUUUUUGUAUAUUUCUUAAUAAACAAGAUAAAAUAUACAAAUAAAAUGGGACAGUUUUAAUCUAUGAAAAAUUGUUCCUAUUUGAAAGAUAUAUUUAUCUUUUAGGUCACCAGGUUAUCAUUUAGUGCAUUGAAGUAGUAGUAAUUUACAAAACGGUUCAUUCACAAAGAUAAUUUCACCUAAGAAAUAUUUUCUUUGAUAUUUUAUUUUAACAUAUACAAUAUCCAACUGCUUUUCUCUGUGUAAAUCAUAAGAUGUAAAGAUUUUUAAAUAAUGUUUUCAGACUUGCCCUUUUUUUAGAUACUCUGAGCUUUGGGAAAAGAUUAUGUGGUACAAAUCCCAUUCCAGAAAAUACACCAUAGAGUAUCUAUCCUUAGUCAUUUAAAUAUGGCAAUGAAGAUUGUCUUUCCAUGUCUUAUCCCCUUACUCUCACUCCUUCCCACCACAACCUUGCUCUUAUUUGAAUUUGGAGACAAGGCUGUGUAAAUAACCAAUUAGAAGAAAUUCAAAAGUUUUCUAAGGAGUCAUAAAUCUUUGACAAAAGAGAUAAUAAAGUCUAUGUUAUGUUUACUUGAUAUUUUGAAGUCAGUUAUUUCAUUGAUGUGUGUAUAUAUAUAUGUAUAUAUAUAUAUAUCUUCUAUCAGCUCAUAGUUUCUAUGGCCAAAGAAAACCAGCCUUUUGAUGAUAAGCCUCUCUUAAAUUUCCUGGGCUUACUGAAUGAUCGAUACAUAAUUUGUCAUUGGUCCCUUUCAGCUGAGUACAAUCUGCUAUGGGGCUACCAGGCAUGGUUUUAAAAAGAUCCAGGCUCACCUCCAUGACAAGGUAAAGCCAUAGCAUUAGGAUUUUAGUGGAAACCAGUUGUAUUACUAUAUAAAAAUAAAAUACCAAUUGGUCUUGGAAUUAUCUAAAGCAUGAAUUUUUUUGUGUGGAAUUUGUGGCUCAGCUAUAUAUAUGAACCAUUCAGAUUGCAAUUCUUGUUUGAGAUUGGUGUUAUUAUCUCUCAUAAACAUGCUACAGAUUAAUUUCUUUCAAUUCCUGAAAGUAUAAUGCCGUAUAAUUUUAAGAACUUGGCAACUAAAACACCAUUUAGUACCUCACAUUUCUCUCAUUUGGCUUCCAGUUAUUGAAACAUACUUGGAAAUAAUGGCUCCUAAGGGGAACUUUUAGAGAAGAUUGGAUUAGGAUUUAAUUUGAAUUCGGAAGAAGGAGGACGGAAAAUGCAAUGAAUAACCUGAUAAAAUGCAUCAUUCCUUUAGUUUCGGUUGAUCAGAUCCAUGUACCAAUUGCAUCUAAGGAUUAAAAAGAAAUGAUGCAUCUAUUUCUGAGCCAAUGAAAAUUUAGUAAAAGGUUGGGUAUUCUUAAUUGAGAUUUCUACAAGUAUUUUUCCCAUAGAUUUUGCCAUGGAGCAAAGGGUUUUGCUUUUGAAUAUCUGUAAGUUUCUGAACACUUCUGUUUUGCCACUAAUAACCUAAAGUUAGAAGUUUUUUUUUUUUUUUUAAUCUUUUUGUUUAGGUGCCCUUUUACACACAGUUUUAUGUUCUAAAUGCUGGUUUUGACCUAAGAAGAUGCAGCUUGAUCAGAAAAUAUAUCAUUUUCUGGAACACAACUGCCAUGCUACAGAAAAUAGCUUUAUAUUAGAAUAUUUUGACAGUAGAAAUUGAAGUGUUUAAGAGUGCUCAUAUAAGGUCUUGUAAUGAUUAAUGUCCAACAAAAUGAUACUCCAAUUUGGUGUAUUUUAUUUCUGUAUAGUUUCAGACUAAAACAUACAACAUGAUGGAUAGCCAAGAAAUAUGAGAAUAUUUUGAAAGUAUAUAAGAGUAACAUCAUUUUGAAGAAAUUGGGGCUGUAUAAUUGUGAACAACCUAGAAUUACAAAGUAAGUUACUUUAAGUAUUUCAACAGAGUUAUUUCAUACAUCCUUCUUUUAAUCUUCCCCCCUUCUAGCUUUAUUAAUUGAUUCCAUGAAUAUACAUUGCACAAAAUUAUGAGGAACUUGGAUUCAUAUCUCCAGCUCAAAUUCAAAUCAUUGCCAGCUAUGUUGCAUCUCAGGCAGAUAAGGUUUUAUUUUGGAAUUUUCCAAUAUUAUAUUGAGGUUCAAUCAUCACAUUACGUAUAUCAAGUAUUUGAUCUGGCAAGUGCUAUGCAAAUUAACUUAUAUUGUUUAGCACAUGUUUUCAGGAAGAAGAAACCAUGGUUAUUAUUAUUAUUCAUAUUUAUUAUUCAUAUAUUGUCGGGUUUUAACUUUUUUGUAAAAUUCUCAACUUUCUGAACAAGAGCUACAGUUUUUGGACAAUCACUGUGGUGUAUUUAUCUUUUUAGCCUGACUUGAUUUUUUAAAUAAUAUAAAAAUGCUGUUAUAUAAUAUUUCUAAAAUAGUUUCAUCAUGGGCAUUUGUAAUUUUUUAAUUGUAUUGUGAUUUAUGAACAACCAAAAUGUUCUCUAUCAAUGGCAAGCAUACAAAAUAAAUUUUAUUUAAAAAUUAA